GAUGUCAAUUACAUCAUAGUGUCUUUAUCUAUAUAGAAUUAAUCGUGAAUUUCGAAAAGAAAUCUUAUUAUAAACAUUUUUAUCAGGAUGUGGCCAAGUUGCCUCUCAGCAGUUUUAGUAGUGACAGCUGCGUUUGGCUACUUAUGUUUGGUUGAAGGAACAGAGGUCGAUAAGGAUAGAAGAUUUAUCAACAGCGCACUUCCCAACAGCACGCAUGCACCAGGUGGAGGGUCACACUGUGGACUGUAUUACUGCACACAUGGAUCCUGUCAGUAUACAACAAUAAACGGAGUUGAGACCCAUCAUAGUUGUACCUGUCAUCACGGUUGGCAUGGUGAACAUUGUGAUCAACCAGAUCACGUGACCUCAUUCCAUGCCAAGGAUUGCACAAAUUACCAAUGUUUCCACGGUCACUGCGAAAGGGAUAUGUACAAUAACGAACACUGUAAAUGUAUCGAUGGUUGGACAGGAUACCAAUGCCAUAUCAACGUAGCGCCUACAGUUCCAACAACAACAGCAAAACCAGAUACCAUGACGGGUAAUAAUAAUCAUUAUGACCAAGCGUGCAAUUACCAUGGUAAUUGGUAUCAUUCGAGAUGCCAUUGUCACGACAAUUGGUCGGGGGAUAGAUGUCAAUACCCCCCAGGUUCAGGACAAAAAGACCAUUGCCUUAAUCACUGUGGUGAACAUGGUACGUGUACAAGACACCAAUCACAUCAUGGACAGGAUUACUGGAAUUGUAAGUGUGAUCGUGGAUGGCACGGGGAUUACUGUACAUAUCAAUACAUUGUGACUCAUUCUACACAUUGUCAUAAUACUUAUUGCGUGAAUGGAGACUGUACAUAUAAUCUAGACACAAACGGUUAUAAAUGGAAUUAUCACUGCAAGUGUCACCAUGGUUGGGAAGGUAACCAUUGCGACCAAGAAAAAAUAACACCGACAUCCUCAGAAGCGUCGACUACACCCAUGCCGACCAUACCCAAACAGACGACAACAAACUCACCGCUAACUGUGACACCUUCAGCAGUUUUUUAUCGUUGUGACCAUAUCAAAACAAUUGUGGCUGUGGCGUAUCAAACACCCGUUUCUAACCCAAAUGCCGGAGUAUGUUCUCAAGGUCAGCACACAUCUCACGAAGCGUUUGUUCUCACGGAAUGUGAUGUACCGAAAACUCCAGCCACGUGGAUACAGGGUGUUAAUGUAAUGUCAAGUUGUGCAAGCUCGAAUCCUGUACCUGAUAAUACACCUAUAGCAAGCUUUGACCAUGGGCUUUACUCAUCUGUUGGCAGUCUCUCUGGGAUAUUUCUCGGAUGUACAAGUAAUGGGUUCAAGAUUGCGUACCAAACAUGCAGUCAAUCACCUGAAAUAACCGAACUUCGUGUGGGAGAAAGCUUCAACCGAAAUCCAAACAACUACUUUGCGAUAUCAUAAAUAUAUCAAUUCACUGAAUAUGUCAAUAAAUUUGUAACUUAAAUAA